UCUCAAAGAUCAGGAUCCUCUGCCGCCCGUACGAUCUGUAUGCUUUCUGCCGUGAGUUUAUAUCUUCCAGUUUCGCAGCCGAGAACUCGUAAGCGUGUGAAUAUCCACGUCGAGAAUCCAUCUGCUUUAGGGAGUUCCAUAGGUAACAUCACCAACACCAUCUUUAAUUCUUUAUCGGCUGGAAAAGUGAGGUUUGAUUAGUGAUGAGGGAUUUUCAAGUGGGAUAUUCACAAAGCUACGAGUUUUUGCCUGCAAGACUGGAGGAGAUUAGGUCACGGCAGAAAGCAUACGCUGAGGCUGAGGGGCGUGAGAAAAUCUUUUUGUUAGAGAUGAGAAGCGAGUUCAUGAUGAGCGAGGGUGAGCAGAUAACAAGAAUCGGUAGUGAGCAAUACGAUAUGACAUGCUCGUGCGAUGCAACGUCAUUGUUUCACGAAUUGAGGUGGAGGCUGGAGGAGUACCGUAUGAGCAUGGAUGGAAUAAACAAGUUAUGCCAAGAGUUGUGUGCAUUUGGAAGACAACUGGUGGCAGUAGCAGAGGCCGGGCAGGCCUGCGUGGCUGUGAUUGUACGUAUGGAUGUGGUGACAGUGCAGCGAGAGGGGGAGUCGUUGGAUGAAGUCAAGAUGAGGGCGCUGAUGCCGCCCAAAUUGAGCCCCUUGUACGUGUGGUCAGACCAGACAGUGUUGCGCAGAGUAAUGAAUGAUAAGCAUAUGGGAACUCUCUGGUAUCUUUCCAUAUGCAAACCAGAAGGCGAAGACGAGGGUGUAUGCUCCAUCUGCCUCUUCAUGAGGGCAUCCAUUGGUGCGCCUAUAACAGAACUCGAGUGUGGUUGUAGAUUUCAUUCCCAUUGUAUCAUUAGGAAGUUGGAGAGGGACAACAAGUGCCCUCACUGCGCUUACCAAGUGUUUGAUGCUGCCUAUCUCACUGUAUCUGCACCACACCAAUGCUAUGAACCAUUUAACAGGAAUCAAGACCUCGCACAAUAUGGUGUCCCAAACUUGACUAGUUGGUAUUGGUAGACUACAUGUGGAAUGCCACUUCAU